AUGUCGUCCGCUCCAACCCACAUCCUCUUCGAGUCCGCUACGGGAUGCGCCGUCUUCGAGGUCUCUGCCGUCGAGGAGAUCGGCUCGCUGACCCGUGCCGUUCAGGAGAGCGUCAACGAGGUCAACACCUUCGGCAAGAUGGUCAAGCUCCUCUCCUUCUCCCCCUUCAAGAACGCUCUCGAUGCGUUGCAGGCCUCGCUCGACAUCUCUGAAGGUGUGGUGAACGACUACCUCAAGUCGCUUCUCACGCUCAACCUGUCAUCCGGCAAGAAGAAGAGCGUCGUUCUCGGUGUUCAGGACAGGAACUUGGCUUCGUCCAUUGUUGGUGAGCUCGGUAUUCCAUGCGACACUGGUGAGACGUCGCUCGAGCUCAUCCGUGGUGUGCGUCAGCAUGCCGAGAAGCUGCUCAAGGGUAUGGCCGAUGGCGAUCUCGCCAAGGCUCAGCUCGGUCUCGGUCACAGCUACUCGCGUUCCAAGGUCAAGUUCAACGUCAACCGAAGCGACAACAUGAUCAUCCAAGCAAUCGCGCUGCUCGAUACCCUCGACAAGGACGUCAACACUUUCGCAAUGCGCGUCCGCGAGUGGUACGGCUGGCACUUCCCCGAACUCGUCAAGCUGACCACCGACAACCUGACCUACGCCAAACUCGCCAAGUUCAUCCGCAACAAGGAGCGUCUCUCGGAGGACGACGUCGAAGGCAUGACCGACAUCCUCGCCGGUGACGAGACCACCGCCAAGAACAUUCUCGACGCAGCUCGCGCCAGCAUGGGUCAGGAGAUCGGCGAACUCGACAUGCACAACAUCCUCAACUUUGCCGAUCGCGUCGUCAACCUCGGCGAGUACCGAAAGAACAUGCACAAGUACCUCAUCGAAAAGAUGCACCUCGUCGCACCCAACCUCUCCGCCUUGCUCGGCGAGAUCAUCGGCGCACGACUCAUCAGCCACGCCGGUUCCUUGACCAACUUGGCCAAGUACCCCGCCUCCACCGUUCAGAUCUUGGGUGCCGAGAAGGCUCUCUUCCGUGCCCUCAAGACCAAGGGCAACACUCCCAAGUACGGUCUCAUCUACCACGCUUCCGCCAUCGCACGUGCUGCACCCAAGAACAAGGGCAGGAUGUCCAGGUUCCUCGCCAACAAGAUCUCCAUCGCCUCGAGGAUCGACUGCUUCUCCGACACCCCCACCACCAAGUUCGGCGAGGUGCUGGCGGUGCAGGUCGAAGAGAGGCUCGCCUUCUACGAGACGGGUAAGGCGCCAAGCAAGAACAGCGAUGCCAUGAGCAAGGCUAUCAAGGCGAUCGAAGAGGCGGCUGGCGAUCUCAUGAAUGAAGACGCCGACGACGAUGACGACGAGGACGAGGAGGAGGAGCAACAGAUGCCAGCGGCAGUAGGCGUCACCGAUCCAGCAGACAAGAAGAGCAAGAAGGACAAGAAGGACAAAAAGUCCAAGUCCAAGUCCAGCGAUAAGGACAAGAAGAAGGAUGUGGAGAAGGCGGCCAAGAAGGCAUCCAAGGAUUCCAAGAAGGACAAGAAGGACAAGAAGGAGAAGAAGUCCAAGAAGUAG